GUGAGAUGGUGUCGCUCUGCCUUGGCGCUGAUACCGGUUUGAAUUGGACUUUUCGGCUGUUCCCGUGGUACACCGAAGGACGUUGCUUCAAGAUGAUUUCAGGAUACAAAGAAGUGUGCGGUCUUAUCUCAAUGGACACGUUUUGACAGUGAAGCCACUUUGCACGCACGUCUCCCUGGAACUACUAUCCUGGUUGUAGUAAGUCAUCGUGCUAGUUACCAACAAUUAAGAAGAAUGGACGGCCAAGUUUUUGAUCGGUUUGCAAACGGUGGCAGCCAAAGCUCGUCGGGGUCUGAAACCUUGUCCGAGGGGGAAAUUAAAGCUAUUGGGAGCCCACCAGUCUGCGGACAUAUCGACGAUUUAAGUGAAAACUCUUCAGACAGCGAAACGCAAACGGGGAAAGGGAAGGAAGACGAAAAGAGCGAGACGGAGGACAGCAAUGAAGAAGGGGAACCGCGUAGUAAAAACCAAGAAUACGUCGAGGAAGAGGAGGACGAAGACGAAAUGAUGGAUAACAUCCUGUACCCUCCCUCCAUCCCCUUCCGAAAGUCCAGUAACCCAGAGGUGUCGUACGGCCCAGGGGUCACCCUGAAAUUUAAGCGCCAGCUCAGUGAAGACGGGAAGCACCUGAGGCGCGGGAGUCUGGGAGGCGCUCUGACAGGGAAGUACCUGCUGCCCUACGUCUCCCCGCAGCAGGCAUGGCAGCCCCUCCCAGAGGCCUCCAACCUGGUGCGCAUGCGCUCCCAGACCCUCGGCAAGUCCGCUCCGUCUCUCACCGCCAGCCUGAAGGAACUGAGCCUACCCAGAAGAGGAAGCUUCUGCAGAACAAGCAACAGAAAAAGCCUGAUUGGAAGUGGUCAGUCUUCGGCACUUCCUCGGCCCCACUCUCCCCUCUCAGCACAUACAGGAACAAGUCCUCAAGACAGUCCAAGAAACUUCUCUCCGAGUGCCUCAGCUCAUUUCUCCUUUGCACGAAGUCAUGGCCACAGACCAGACAGGACGGAUGGGCGACGCUGGUCUCUGGCUUCUCUCCCCUCCUCGGGCUAUGGGACCAACACCCCCAGCUCCACUGUCUCUUCGUCCUGUUCAUCACAGGAGAAGCUGCACCAGCUGCCGUUCCAGCCCACGGCCGAUGAGCUGCACUUCCUGUCCAAGCACUUCUGCACGGAGAGCAUCUCGGGGGAUGACAGGAGGAGGACCACGCCCAUGCGCCCCCGCUCCCGCAGUCUCAGUCCUGGCAGAUCUCCAUCAUGCUAUGACCAUGAGAUUAUUAUGAUGAACCAUGUCUACAAAGAGAGGUUUCCGAAGGCCACUGCUCAGAUGGAGGAGAGGAUCCAGGAGAUCAUCCGCACCAACGCCCCGGACAGCGUGCUCCCACUAGCAGACGGCGUGCUCAGCUUUGCCCACCACCAGAUCAUCGAGCUGGCCCGUGACUGCCUGGAGAAGUCCCGCCACGGGCUCAUCACCUCACGCUACUUCUGUGAGCUCACCGACAAGCUGGAGAGGCUCUACCAGGAGUCCACCGAGAGGUCGGAGAGUGGGGAGGUGACCUUCAUCAAGGAGCUCGUGAAGAAGAUACUAAUCGUCAUUGCCAGACCUGCCCGGCUUCUUGAAUGCCUGGAGUUUGACCCAGAGGAGUUCUACCACCUCCUGGAGGCAGCGGAGGGUCACGCCAAAGAGGGGCAGGGCAUCAAGACGGACAUCCCGCGCUACAUCAUCAGUCAGCUGGGCCUCACCAGAGACCCUCUGGAGGAAUUCGCGCAGUUGGCCAGCUAUGACAGCGGGAUUGCUGAAACCCCAGAGACGGAUGACUCUGUGAGUUCCCAGAGCCUCAGUGCAGCGUUGCGAUCGCGGCGCAAGCCCUGCGAAACCGACUUCGAGAUGAUGAAACUCAUCAGCAAUGGUGCUUAUGGAGCGGUCUACCUGGUGCGGCACAAGGAGACCAAGCAGCGUUUCGCCAUGAAGAAGAUCAACAAGCAGAAUCUCAUGCUGAGGAACCAGAUCCAACAGGCCUUCGUGGAGCGAGACAUCCUCACCUUCGCCGAGAACCCUUUUGUGGUCAGCAUGUACUGCUCCUUCGAGACCCGAAGACACCUCUGCAUGGUCAUGGAGUAUGUGGAAGGGGGUGACUGUGCCACCCUGCUGAAGAACAUGGGACCCCUGCCCGUGGACAUGGCCAGGAUGUAUUUCGCGGAGACCGUCCUGGCCCUGGAGUACCUACACAACUAUGGGAUCGUCCACAGGGAUCUGAAGCCAGACAAUUUGCUGGUCACGUCAAUGGGUCACAUCAAGCUCACAGAUUUUGGGCUGUCUAAAGUCGGCCUGAUGAACAUGACCACCAACCUUUACGAGGGUCACAUCGAGAAGGACGCCAGAGAGUUUUUAGACAAGCAGGUGUGCGGAACGCCCGAAUACAUCGCCCCGGAAGUGAUCCUCCGCCAGGGCUACGGGAAGCCCGUGGACUGGUGGGCCAUGGGCAUCAUCCUGUAUGAGUUCCUAGUGGGCUGCGUGCCUUUCUUCGGGGACACACCGGAGGAACUGUUUGGACAGGUCAUCAGCGAUGAGAUCAAUUGGCCGGAGGGAGAGGAAGCCCCGCCCCCUGACUCCCAGGACCUCAUCACUCUGCUGCUGAGGCAGAACCCCCUGGAGAGACUGGGCACAGGUGGGGCCUACGAAGUCAAGCAUCACCAGUUCUUCCACAGCCUGGACUGGAACAGCCUGCUGAGGCAGAAGGCCGAGUUCAUCCCCCAGCUGGAGUCUGAGGACGACACCAGCUACUUCGACACUCGAUCAGAGAGGUACCACCACCUGGAGACUGAGGAGGAGGACACAAAUGAUGAAGACUUCAAUGUGGAGCUUCGGCAGUUCUCCUCCUGCUCGCACAGGUUCUCCAAAGUGUACAGCAGUCUGGACCUGUCCCGUGGGCAGCUGGAGGAGAAGGGGGAGCAGGAAGAGAAGACAAAGAGCGGCAGCCCCCUGACUGUGGACUCCCUUAGCUGGACGCCCGAGUUCACUGAAAUGCCUUCUCUGUCCCACUCGUCGGAGGCGGAGAGCAGCAGUGUGAGCCGCCGCUCGGGGCUGCUCCCCAAGUUCGCCAUCUCCGCCGAGACGGAGGAGGUGGACGGGGCCGUGGCCGCAGCAGACCCCAGCAAAGUGGCCUUCACCAUAGGAGAGACGCCUCAGGACGAGCCCGAAGCCACUACACCCGGCAGCACCCUCAGUGGCUCCACGCUGUCUGCAGGCAGCUUCUCGGAGCAUCUGGACCAGCUGCAUUCAAGAGGCGAAGGCGUGGAGAGCCCCGACACCUCCUCCAAGGCGUCCGGCGACAAGGGGGCCCAGGGGGCCCAGGCGGCCGGCGCCCGGUCCGAGGGCGCAGACAAACAGAAGGUCACCAGCAAAGUGCCCAAGUCGGUGUCCGCCAGCGCGCUCUCUCUCAUGAUCCCGGGAGAUGUGUUUGGGGUGUCCCCCCUGGGCAGCCCGAUGUCUCCCUACUCGUUGUCCUCAGACCCCUCCUCGAGAGACUCCUCCCCUAGCCGGGACUCCUCCCUCUGCGCAGUCAGCCCGCGGCAGCCAAUCAUCAUCCACAGCUCUGGGAAGAAGUUCGGCUUCACCCUGCGAGCCAUCAGGGUCUAUGCCUGCGACAGCGACGUCUAUACCGUCUACCACAUGGUCUGGAAUGUUGAGGAGGGUGGUCCUGCCUAUACGGCUGGGUUGAAGGCUGGUGACCUCAUCACUCAUGUUAACGGGGAACCAGUGCAUGGGCUGGUACAUACUGAAGUGGUAGAGCUGCUGCUCAAGAGUGGCAGCAAGGUAGCCAUCUCUACCACCCCGUUUGAAAACACCUCCAUUAAAACGGGUCCAGCCCGGAGAAACAGCUACAGGAGCAAAAUGGUGAGACGGACAAAGAAGCCCAAGAAGGAGAAGACACAGGAGAGACGGCGGUCUCUGUUCAGACGCUUCGCCAUGCAGCCCUCCCCCCUGCUCCACACCAGCAGGAGCUUCUCCUCCCUGAACCGGUCCCUGUCCUCGGGGGAGAGUCUCCCGGGGUCCCCCACUCACAGCCUGUCGCCCCGAUCACCCACCGCCGCCUUUCGAUCUACCCCUGACUUCAACCAAUCAGGUGGGACGUCCUCCCAGAGCAGCUCCCCUAGCUCCAGUGCCCCUAACUCCCCUGCUGGCUCGGGCCACAUUCGUCCCAGCACCCUCCACGGCCUGGGUCCUAAGCUGCCGGGACAAAGGCUGAGACAGGGGCGGCGUAAAUCAGCUGGCAGCAUCCCCCUCUCCCCGCUCGCUCGAACCCCCUCCCCAACCCCCCAGCCCACCUCUCCCCAGCGCUCCCCCUCUCCUCUGUUGAGCCACUCUGUGGGAAGCUCCAAAACCACCCAGGCCUUCCCUGCCAAGAUGCACUCGCCCCCCACCAUCGUACGUCACAUGGUACGGCCCAAGAGUGCCGAGCCGCCCCGCUCGCCCCUCCUCAAGAGGGUCCAGUCCGAAGAGAAGCUCUCCCCCUCCUACCCCGGGGACAAAAAGCACCUCUGCACCCGCAAGCACAGCCUGGAGGUGACGCAGGAAGAGGCGCAGGGGGCGCCCGUCGCCAAGGACCACGUUCUGCAGUGUGUGGAGGAGACGACCUGCGAGACCCCCGCCGUCACCCGGGUGCGGCCCGCCGAGCAGGGCUGCCUCAAGCGGCCGGUCACCCGCAAGAUUGGCCGGCAGGAGUCCAUCGAUGAGCUGGACAAGGAGAAGCUGAAAGCCAAGGUAGUGAUGAAGAAGCAGGACUGGACAGAGAGGCGUGAAUCCCUGCAAAAGCAGGACGCCCUCCAGGAACCCGGAAGCCCGGAACCGGGCCCGCUGGAUGGCAAAGCCGGCAGCUCCACGCUGAAAGAUGCACUAUAUAAGAAGCUGAACACACGUGUGUGUGACGGUAUCAUGGAGCCACUGGGGAAGGGCCCCGACUCUGUGUCCAUUCUCAACGAAGGAGUCAGGACGCCUUGCAGCCAGGGCCUACAGGACUGGAGCGCUCAGAAAGCAGAGAGACCGCUGUCCAGACAGACGAAAGAGGGUGGCAAACCCGAGAGGCUGGACUUCAAAGCCUCCAACGUGGAGUUUGCUAGGAAGAGGCAGUCUUUUGAAGAGAGGGAGGACUGCUUGUGUAGGAUCUCCCCCACCAUUCACGAGGGGCUCCACCUCACCGCGACAAGGUCCAAAAGCCUGCAGCUGGACUCACCCUUGGUCAUGGACCAUGUCAAAGGAGCGAUGGGCGGGGUCCACGCUGCGCCUGUCAUCAGCACAGAAGCACUGGCCCCCAAGCUGCUCAGCGGCAGGGGGGAGAGCGCCGUGGAGAAGCUUCAGAUGAUCUCCUCCACCGAGGGACCCAUCAGGAAGACCUCCUCUGAGUACAAACUGGAAGGGCGACUGGUCUCCUCCUUAAAACCGCUGGAAGGCACCCUGGACAUCGCCAUGCUCUCUGGCCCGAGGGCCUCCAAAACCGACACCUGUCUGUCCAAGAUGGUGGACAACCAGUCGGACCAGGUCUUAGGAGCUCCCGGGCGUCAAAACGGCUGUGAAAAACAGCCGCAGCAGAAGAGCGGUCCUGUAGGAGCUGUAGGUCAUGGACCCUCUGUGUCACUGAGCUGCAAAAAUCCCAUUAAAGAGGAGUCCACCAUAGCUAAAGAGAGUAACACACAUACAGUCAAUCAAUGCAGUAGCAAUAGUGACAAACCCCUCUUUAGAACUGAGCACUCUUGUGAAGUAACAAGGGGGGCAGCCAAGUCAGAUGUCGCAGACCCAAGUGGAAAACCUGAGAUCAGGUCCAGUAUGAAAGCUAGCCCAGCCAUGGUCCAUGAUUUGAGAGCUUCUCGUCCAAGUGUACAUUCUUCUUGUGGCAGAACUCCAUCAAUAAGAGAGGCCAGCAAUGAGGACCAGGAGGAUGAGUUGGAGCAGCCCAAGGAAAUGCUCCCUUCUAAACCUGAGGGCAGCCCUGAGCUCGCAAAUCAACCCUCCACACCCAAGACCUCCCUGCCAGGAGAUCCCAAUGGGACGCUGUCUGUCCAGAAAGCAGUUCCCGAUAAUCUCUUGGAAAGUCAAACUGUGGCUCCAAAGAAGUCAGAACCAGUCAAACAAAGUAUGGACUCGCAGUCAAGGCUUAGCCAGCCACAGUGCACUGAAAGAGAAAAGCCAGCCUCGGCAACGAGCUCUCCCGUUUCUACUGCAUCACAGGGAGACAGAGGCGUGGUCCAAGGGCUCGCUCCGGAGCAAACGUCUGACCAGCUCAAACAAAAAACGGCAAGCUGCAGUGCUAAGCUAAACGCAACACAACGGCUGCCGCCACUUUCUGCUGUUGGCUCUGGAGAUGGAAACAAAACUUGUAGUCAGCUUCCACAGGAUCAGCACUGCACCGUCAAAUCUCAAAGCACAGAGAAGCUCCAGACAAACGUGUCCGUUACUAAAGAGAGCAGCAGUCCUGUCAGCAUGGCUGGCGGAAAGGAACUCAAACUCUCCAAGGGUUCUGGAGACAAAGUGGUUGAAGCCAGAGAGGCAUGUACAAAAGAGGAUACGAAAGGGGGUAAAGCCAAGGAGACCUGCAGUUCUGCAACAGUUAAGACAGACAGUGCACUAAGAUAUGAUCAUAAGCCUGGUAGUCAUGCAGUGACUAGUAGCACAUCAGUACAGAAUGCUAAUCUCAUGUCACCAAAGGUGAAGGGCAGCAGUGCCAAGGCUGGAAAUACUGAUCAGGAGCCACUGAAAAACACAUCUGUGGAAAAGGCUCAGGCUAAGCAAUCUACUAACAAAUCGGGUAUGCCUGAUAAUGAAAGCCAAAACCUAAAAAAACUGGCAGACACAAAGGUGAAGGAUUCUUCAGGUACCAUACAAACAGUAAAACAGUCACAGUCAAGCUCAGAAUCAUCAAGUUCCGUACAAACCGUAAAACAGUCACAGUCUGGCACUAAGGAGUCCUCAAAUUAUGUGCAGACAAUAAAACAGUCACAGUCUAACAUUAAGGACUCUCCAAGUCCCAUACAGACAGUGAAGCAGUCACAGUCUAACAUUAAGGACUCUCCAAGUCCCAUACAGACAGUGAAGCAGUCACAGUCUAGUAUUAAGGAUUCCUCAAGUCCCGUACAGACAGUGAAGCAGUCGCAGUCUAGUAUUAAGGACUCUGCGAGUCCCAUACAGACAGUGAAGCAGUCACAGUCUAGUAUUAAGGACGACUCAAGUCCCAUACAGACAGUGAAGCAGCCGCAGUCUAACAUUAAGUACUCUCCAAGUCCGAUACAGACAGUGAAGCAGUCACAGUCUAGUAUUAAGGAUGCCUCGAGUCCCUUACAGACAGUGAAGCAGUCACAGUCUAGUAUUAAGGAUGCCUCAAGUCCCUUACAGACAGUGAAGCAGUCACAGUCUAGUAUUAAGGACUCUGCGAGUCCCUUACAGACAGUGAAGCAGUCACAGUCUAGUAUUAAGGACGACUCAAGUCCCAUACAGACAGUGAAGCAGUCGCAGUCUAACAUUAAGUACUCUCCAAGUCCGAUACAGACAGUGAAGCAGUCACAGUCUAGUAUUAAGGAUGCCUCGAGUCCCUUACAGACAGUGAAGCAGUCACAGUCUAGUAUUAAGGAUUCUGCAAGUCUCAUACAGACGGUGAAGCAGUCACAGUCUAACAUUAAGGACUCUGCGAGUCCCAUACAGACAGUGAAGCAGUCACAGUCUAGUAGUAAGGAUGCCUCGAGUCCCAUACAGACAGUGAGGCAGUCACAAUCUGGUGUAAAGGAGCCCUUAGAUUCUGUGCAGACAGUAAAACAGUCACAGUCCAGCAUUAAAGAGAUCUCGUGUCCAGUACAGACAGUAAAACAGCCUGGUGUGCUUUUUGGAAAGCAAGCCCCUGUGAACCCCCAAAUAACCGCAAAAGGUAAACCAAAAGUGGAAACAUCUUCUGUUUCACUAUCAGGUUGUAAAGCAGUGGAGGACUCUGGGAAAGGUGGCAGGGAAAAUCAAGAGCAACCAACUGUUAAGGAAUGCCACAGUGUGAAACAAAAAGAGCAAACAUCACUCACCGCGAGCAGGCUGGAGGCUCAGAAAGAGCUGCUGAAACCCAGCAGCAGUCAGACAGCGCCUCCCAGUGGUGCUCUGCCGCCACCGCUACCUGUACCAGCAGAGAAAAGAAGAGAAGCACACAAGCACAGCGAAGCACUUUCAGCCAAGUCUAAUAUCAGCACAGCAGAUGAGGGGGGCUCGCGCGCAGCAAAGGAGAGCCACGUGAGACAGCCGCCGGAGGCUCGAGGGGCAGACUCUCUGAGGCAAACGGGUGACGUCAUGGGCGGCGCUGCCGCUGUCAAAGCCGAGCUGAAACAGGGCACAGGAGAAACGAGGAGCGGGAGCACUGAAAAGCAGACUUCCACCAGCAGAAAAGAGCAAGGUGAAAAGAAGAGGAAAGAACAUGUCCCAGAGCAGGUGUCCACAAUGAAAAAUUCUCGCAAAGACACAUUGAAAACGGCCUCGCUAAACGAAAGUGUGGCUUCGGAUAAGGACUCUGUCCGGAACAAGCAAGCCAAGGAAUCGGCACGGGGCUCCACACACAAAAAAUCGUAAGAGGUACCCAAGCAGUAGCUGCCACUUGGAUCGCACUGUGCAGUGUUUAAAAGGAAGCGAGGCGAGCAUUUUUUUUUGUUUGUUUGUUUUGUUUGGUGCGCAGUAUCAUUUUUGAGUUGAAAUAUGUUUUCCCAUGCCUUCUAUUUUUGAGAACCGGUGAAGCUGUUACCCACAGUGUUUGUACAGCAAGAGAGAGGUGUGUGUGCAUGCGUGUGCGUGUGUGUUUGCGCGUGUGAGAGCAGAUGAAGGAGGCGAAGCAGACUGCUUUAUAAAUAUCUGUUGAAAAAGAGAACUAUCGAAUUUAAGACUGAAUGUAGACAUCGUGAUUUGCUGCUGAUUUGAAUCAUUCACCAAAAUGUUUUAUUUAUGAUUGUUUCGUAUGGUUUUCCUUUCAGAUGUGCUCUACUGUGGAGAAAAAAAAGUGAAAAAAGUGUCAAAAUUUGCAUUUUGGGGCGAAGAGGUAUAUUUUUAUUGACAGCCGAAGUUUGUGCAAUCAUAGUGCAGUAGUGGCGUUUUGGAGAGGCCUUUUUAAGGGUUAAAUAGCGAUGUGCCAAUUUGAGGUUGUUUGGAAUUGCACUCAGUACCAAACUAGGACCACCUUCAAAUGUAGAAAAGGUUAUUCAUCUGCAGUCUCAGAGUGGUUAUGUACGCGUAGGCAUAAGCAAAUGAAUACAUUUCACUCUCGCUGAAACUGGUAGUCUAGCAUGUAAAUCAGAGCGCGCACUUAGCACGUUUGUCAAAUCAGCCAUUUCAAGAGAACACUUUUCAGUGCUGAUCAUGCGCCAAGGACUCCUCAUGCAAAUAACUGAAAAUGAAUGUCACCAAAAUGUUUUUUUUUAUUAUUAGUACUGUUAGUGUUGUUGUUGUUUUUUGAUUAGAGAGGGAGUGUGUGCUUUUGUUUUGGGUAGUGGUGCACAGAUGGAAUGCACUGAGUACUGUGCUUCUCACCUAGAACUAUUUAAUAUAGAAUCAUCUUACGGUUCUGGAUUUUCAUUAAGUCAUAUCUAGUGGAAGGGGCCUUACACUUUGUGGGAAUUAUACUUGCUGUUUUUAGCAGGUUUUGGAGAAAUUCACAUUCCUUUCACAUGCAUCUCUUUACAUUUCUAAAAAUAAUUCAUUUUUAUGCAAAAUACUGUAAAUAUGAUCAAACUAACUGUAAAAAAGGGGAUUUAUGGGCUUAAUUGUGAGUAUUGUUUGUUUUAUAUGUAUAUAUUUUGUUAGGUCAUAUGUUUGUAUUCUCCAGAAUCUGUAACUAGUUAUGAGUCAUUUUUCCUCUGCUUGGCAAUUCUGUCUUCUCAAAUACAGUAAGCUAGUGUAAUGUCUGCACAUGUUCAAAAAGGCAUAGGACAAGACAAGUAUCAUAUCUCUCAAGCUCGGUCUUUUUAACACUUUGUGACAUGCUAUGUUUUUUUUUUCUUUUUUACUUGAAGUAAAUGCAAAACUAAUACACAUGCCGCAGCCGCAGCUUAAAGGGAAACGACACCUUUCCUCAGAUGUAGCUUUGGGACACAGGUAUGUCGGAGGUUAACAAUCGGUCACCAGGAGAGCAUUAUGCCACGUUGUGAUGCCUGUAUUGUGGGUGUGGCUCAUGUAGACUUUCCAUUUCAAACCCCUGGUGUUUGUAUAUUGUGAGAGUGUGAGCAGAGUCAGGGUCUCAUGAAAGGACUGCAGAUUCAAAAGUUCUGUAAGCUAUAUUGUGGGAAAGGUUCAUUGGUGUCUUUUUAACCAGUCAAAUAUAUUUUCAAGGGUGUUUUUUUUAUUGAAACAUGCAUUUGUUUAGAUACACACAGUAGGAGAACACAUUUUUGGUCAAGAACAACAGGGGAAAGGGCUCAAAUAAAGCAAGUUCACCCAUUACCGUAGCAACUGACAAGACAGAGCCACCAGAUAUUACAUAAGGGAGAUGACCUGGGAGUCUUACUCUAGCCAUGUGGUUUUAUUACAUGAAAUACAAUGCUUACAAAAACAAAUAAUUAAUUAUGUGAUAUGAUUAACUGAAAAAACAUGUUGUUUAUCCUAAUAUCCACUCAGUUCAAAUUUAUAUUAUUUACACAAAUAGUAGAAUUGUUUAGAGAGAAGGAUAUGCAUGCUCUACGUAUAAUACUUUAAGAUAAAUAUACUCAAGUCAAAGAGGAACUGUAGACAUGGAUUUAUUUUCUGUUUAAGUUAUGUUGUAAUGUAGAUGGUGUAAUGCAAACAUUUUCUUUUGGAUAUUCCAAAUGAAAAUUGCACCGUCGGACAUUUCAAUAUAUAACGUUUACAUGCACAGGGUGUUCAUGUCCAUGGUUUCCAAAAUGCUUACAAAAUCAGCUGUGGUAGAAUAUUUUGUCAUAACAACUGUGACAGGAUGCAAAAAUUUAAUCUCUAAUUUUGUACUAACCAAACUGGAAAAGAAGUCUAUACCGUGUCUUCUGGGUCAUGUCUUUUUCAUCUCUUUAAAGCAUAGAUAAAACAACAUGUAUCCGGGCCAUCUUUUACAGCUGAUGGCAUUGUCUCCAUUUGCUUUAAUGUCUUUUAAGGGGGAUUUCUGCACAAGGCUUUAGUGAGGCAUCAAACCUGUGUACGUUUGUAAACCCCCCUUAACUGAGCUUGAAAAUGAGAGAAGUAAAUGCUUUUCAUACUGCAAUACAUGUAGUGUUGACUGUAGCUUCUGAAUCCUAGACUUUGUAGUAGAAAAUUAAAAAAAUAUGUAUACCUAUAAUUGGACAAAUCUGUAGAAAUAGCAUAUUUUAGGACUGUGCAAGUAAAAGAUAAUGCUCAGGCACUGAUUAAAGGAUUUUUAAAUGAUAUUAUUAAAAUCAGUUUUACUGGGUAUUCUACGUAUUCCACAUAAGGUAAUACACCAUAUAUUUUGAUAUGAUGGGGGAGGGAAAUGCACCUUAACCUUAGAUUCUACCCCUCAUUGAAAUAUAUGGAGACAAAUAACAUCGCUGAAAAGAGGGAAAAAAAAUACUGUAGUCUUAUGGUGUAUAAGUUGCUUUCUAUUAUAUCUGUUCCAGAUCAUGAAAAGCUAAAAGUAAUACUUGUGAAAAUAAAUCACACGACUUUGAGCGAUCAAACACCUGUUUGUCCCCAUGCCUUUUCUUCAGAAUAUCGACCUGUUUGAAUCCUUAAAGCACAUUUAAUGUUUGUUUACAGAUAUUUCAUGGAUGUAUAUUUUGUAUAUUGUAUUAUUAAUUUGCCAAAUCUAUGUGCUGCAUCACAGAAAGUAUAUGGUGAUAGUGUAUGUAGCUUGUGGCUCAUCUUCCCAGUCAGCUGUGCUGUAAAAAAGACCGUCAGUCUAUGUGGUAGCCAGUUCAAUUCUCUGUGUGUAAAUGACCUGUCAAGUUCUAUACGGUUUUGCUUGUUUUUUUCCCCCCCAUUUGUUUGUUUUCAUUUUUUUUUUGUGUGAACUAGUAUUAGAUGAACCCGCUGAUUAAAGUGUGUCUUUUAGGAUCUGUGCAAUAAAGAAGUGUUUGCAUUUUGUAUUUUGCCCACGGAAAGCUCUAUGGAUGUCAUAGAUGUUGUAUAUUAAACAGAUAUUUAUACUUCUAAAGUUGCAUAACACUAAAAAUA